AGUGGCCCGGGGUGGAUGAGGCUCCAGGCGGGGGAGCCGCGGCAGAGAACCCAGGCUAAUAUGGAAAUUGAGGACUACAAUGGCCGCUCUUAUAUGUCUGCUGGAGAUUCAUCUCUGGACAAGGAUUUCUCAGAAGCAUUGAUUGGACCCACUGUGAGCACACCAAACAGCCGACACUCCUCCCCAAGACGUUCACUAAGUGCAAAUUCCAUCAAAGUGGAAAUGUAUAGUGAUGAAGAAUCUGGUCAUCUUCUAAGUCAUGAAGACCGAUUGAGUGAGAAGGAAGACGGAGUUAUGCCCGAAGACUCGCUGGUCGAGCCUUUGUAUUGUGAUGGUCCAGGACAAGACCCUCAUUCGCCAGGAGGCAUUCGCCUCCCCAAUGGCAAGCUGAAGUGUGACAUAUGUGGCAUGGUCUGCAUUGGUCCUAAUGUACUGAUGGUGCACAAGAGAAGUCAUACAGGUGAGCGGCCUUUCCACUGUAACCAGUGUGGUGCCUCAUUUACCCAGAAGGGGAACCUCUUGCGGCACAUUAAGCUGCACUCGGGUGAGAAGCCUUUCAAGUGCCCAUUCUGUAACUACGCUUGCCGACGGAGAGAUGCUUUAACAGGGCACCUGCGCACCCACGCUGUCUCCUCCCCCACAGUCGGCAAGCCCUACAAGUGCAACUACUGCGGCCGCAGCUAUAAACAGCAGAACACACUGGAAGAACACAAGGAACGCUGCCAUAACUACUUGCAGAGCCUCAACAAUGAAGGCCAGCACCUCUCCUCGCAUGCAGGUGAGGAGACACGAGACCUGGAUCUGGGACCAGAUGCCCUGAUGCAUCCCUCUGACCCGCCGUCUUUUAUGGACCGGCUGGCUAUCGGCCUUACAAAGCGCAAGCGCUUCACACCUCAGAAAUUUAUGGGGGAGAAACAAAUGCGGCUUAGCCUGGCUGAUCUUCCUUAUGAAAUGAACUCCAGUUUUGAGAAGGAUAUGGAGAUGGUCCCACAUCAUCCUCUUGACCCCACCUAUGGGAAUGCUUUAGCUUUUGUUGGAGGUCCUAUGCGCUUACCUCCCACAAAUUGCAUCUCAGAGAUCACUCCAGUUAUUAGUUCAGUUUACACCCAGCUCCAGCCUAUGUCAGGGAGGCCAGAGAUGCCUGGAAAUCGAGAAGCAGCAGAAGGCCAUGAAGACAUACCAGAUGGAACCAGUCUUUACAGAGGACGGACUGAGCAUGGAGCUUCUCCUUCCAAUGGAUGCCAGGACUCUGCAACAGACACAGAAAGCAACCAUGAGGAGAGGGGCUCUCAGGCCACCAGUAGCAGGCAAAGUCCUGCCUAUGCCAAAGAGGACCAGAGACCCCCUGAAUCAGGAGUGAUAAACCCAUCACGCCCUGGGCCUGGCACAGCCAAAGAAACACUGCGAGUGCUGGGAGAGGAUGGCGAGCCUGUUAAGACAAAGAAAAGAAGGAACAACGGACGUGCCAAGAAGGGACGUGGACAUGUCCAGCCCAUCCGAUGCACCAACUGCGCUCGCUGUGUCCCAAAGGACAAAGCUAUCAAGAAGUUUGUGAUCAGAAACAUUGUUGAGGCUGCAGCUGUCAGGGAUAUCUCUGACGCUAGUGUCUUUGAUUCGUAUGCGCUGCCUAAGCUGUAUGUGAAACUGCACUAUUGUGUUAGCUGUGCCAUUCACAGCAAGGUGGUCAGAAACCGCUCUCGUGAGGCACGCAAGGAUCGCACACCACCACCAAGGUUCCGGCCUGCGGGUGCACCUCCAAGAGCACCUCCCAAACCAAUGUAAGGAUACCUGCUCAGAUGUCUUGUCCAAUAAACUGAUGAAAGA